GUCAGUUGCACCAGCUGCCCCUCCUCCGGGCACUAUCCGCUAUACCUCGGGGUCUGUAAGUUGGCGGUGGGGAGGUACGGUGCGCGUCCAGAGCGAGGCGCGCGCACAGCCUCGGGCUGGCUCCUGCUCUUGGCGGGGAAGACUAGGGCGGACGCUCUGCUGUUUUGGGGUCCUCAGAGCGAGCCUCAGCAAUCACUUCAUCAUGAGAAAUCUAAAGCUACUGCAGACCCUGGAGUUCAGGGAUAUUCAUGCUCUGGGGAAGCCUCAGUGCUUCUGUCUCAGAACGGAACAGGGGACGGUGGUCAUUGGGUCAGAGCGUGGUCUGGUGGAAGUAGACCCCGUCACAAGAGAAGUGAAAAAUGAAAUUCCUUUGGUGGCAGAAGGCUUUCUCCCAGAGGAUGGCAGCGGCUGCCUUGUGGGUAUCCAGGAUUUGCUGGAUCAGGAGUCUGUGUGUGUGGCCACUGCCACUGGAGAUGUCAUACUCUGCAACCUCAGCACACACCAGCUGGAAUGUGUUGGGAGCGUUGCCAGCGGCAUUUCUGUCAUGAGUUGGAGUCCUGACCAGGAGCUGGUGCUUCUUGCCACAGGUCAACAGUCCCUAAUUAUGAUGACAAAAGACUUUGAGCCAAUCAUGGAACAGCAAAUUCACCAGGCUGAUUUUGGUGAAAGUAAGUUUAUCACUGUUGGAUGGGGCCGGAAGGAGACACAGUUCCACGGAUCAGAGGGCAGGCAAGCGGCUUUUCAGGUGCAAACGCUCGAGUCUGCUUUGCCCUGGGAUGACCAUAAAACACAAGUUACCUGGCGUGGUGAUGGGCAAUUAUUUGCUGUGAGUGUUGUUUGCCCAGAGACAGGGGCCCGGAAGGUCAGAGUUUGGAAUCGAGAGUUUGCUCUCCAGUCAACCAGUGAGCCUGUGGCUGGACUGGGACCUGCUCUGGCUUGGAAGCCCUCAGGCAGUUUGAUUGCAUCUACGCAAGAUAAGCCCAACCAACAGGAUGUUGUUUUUUUUGAAAAAAAUGGACUUCUCCAUGGGCAGUUUACACUUCCUUUCCUCAAAGAUGAAGUAAAGGUGAAUGACCUGCUAUGGAAUGCAGAUUCUACUGUGCUUGCAGUGUGGGUGGAAGACCUUCAGAAGGAAGAAAAUUCCACUCUAAAAUCCUAUGUUCAGCUCUGGACUGUUGGAAAUUAUCACUGGUACCUCAAACAAAGUCUGCCUUUCAACACCUGCGGGAAGAGCAAGAUCGUGUCUCUGAUGUGGGACCCAGUAACGCCGCACCGGCUGCAUGUUCUCUGUCAGGGCUGGCACUACCUCUGCUAUGACUGGCACUGGACCACUGAUAGGAGCGCAGGAGAAAACGGCAGUGACAUGGCCAACGUGGCUGUCAUUGAUGGAAACCGGGUGUUGGUGACAGUCUUCCGGCAGGCUGUGGUUCCACCUCCCAUGAGCUCCUACCAACUGCUGCUCCCGCAUCCUGUCAAUCAAGUCACGUUCUCAGCACACCCUGAAAAGAGUAACGACCUUGCUGUCCUAGAUGCCAGUAACCAGAUUUCUGUUUAUAAAUGUGGUGAUGGUCCAAGUGUGGAUCCUACAGUGAAACUGGGAGCUGUGGGUGGAAAUUCAUUUCAAGUCUCCCUGAGAAUGCCUCAUCUGGAAAAGAGAUACAGAAUUCAGUCUGAGAAUGAUGAAGAUGAGGAAGUAAACCCUCUGAAGUUUGGCCUCCUGACCUGGAUCCAAAAAGAUGUGUUCCUGGCUGUAAGCCACAGCCCAGCCGGCCCACAGUCCAUCAUUCACCAUCUGACUGUGGCCCCUUCUGAGAUGGAGGAUGAGCAAGGACAGCUCAGUAUUAGUUCAUCUGUGAUAGUGGAUGGAAUCGUGAUCAGUCUGUGUUACAGUUCUGAGAACAAGUCAGUAGUGUUGCAACUGGUUGAUGGCAAGAUACUUAAGUAUCUUUGGGAGCCAUCGUCUCCGACUGUUGAGCCAUGGAAGAAUCCUGCUGGAUUUCCUGUUCGAUUUCCUUAUCCAUGCACACAGACUGAGUUGGCCACUAUUGGAGGAGAGGAAUGCAUCCUUGGUCUGUCUGACAGAUGCCGCUUUUUCAUCAAUGACACUGAGAUCGCUUCUGAUAUCACAUCAUUUGCAGUGUAUGAUGAGUUUUUAUUGGUGACGACGCAUUCCCAUACCUGCCUUUGUUUCUGCCUGAGAGAUGCUUCAUUUAAAACAUUGCAGGCAGGUCUGAGCAGCAGCCACGCGUCUCACGGGGAAACUCUGCGGAAGGUGGAGAGGGGCUCACGCAUUGUCGCUGUUGUGCCCCAGGACACCAAGCUGAUAUUGCAGAUGCCAAGAGGAAACUUGGAAGUUGUUCAUCAUCGAGCUCUGGUUUUAGCUCAGAUUCGCAAAUGGUUGGACAAACUUAUGUUUAAAGAAGCGUUUGAAUGCAUGAGAAAACUGAGAAUUAAUCUCAAUCUAAUUCAUGAUCAUAAUCCUAAGGUGUUUCUUGAAAAUGUGGAAACCUUCAUAAGACAGAUAGAUUCUGUAAAUCAUAUCAAUUUGUUUUUCACAGAAUUGAAGGAGGAGGACGUCACAAAGACCAUGUACCCUCCACUCAUCACCAGCGCGGUCCAGCUGUCCAGAGAUUCUGACAAGAAAAAGGUAGACCUUGUCUGUGAUGCUAUGAGAGCAGCCAUGGAGAACAUAAAUCCUCACAAGUACUGCCUAUCAAUACUCACCUCUCAUGUGAAGAAAACAACCCCAGAACUGGAAAUUGUGCUGCAGAAAGUCCAUGAGCUUCAAGGAAAUGUGCCAUCCGUUCCUGAUGCUGUGAGUGCUGAAGAGGCCUUGAAGUAUUUGCUGCUUCUAGUAGAUGUUAAUGAAUUAUAUGAUCAUUCUCUUGGGACCUAUGACUUUGAUUUGGUCCUCAUGGUAGCAGAGAAGUCACAGAAGGAUCCCAAAGAAUAUCUUCCAUUUCUUAAUACACUUAAGAAAAUGGAAAGUAAUUAUCAAAGGUUCACCAUAGAUAAGUACUUGAAACGAUAUGAAAAAGCCAUUGGCCAUCUCAGCAAAUGUGGACCUGAAUACUUCCCAGAAUGCUUGAACUUAAUAAAAGAUAAAAACUUGUAUAACGAAGCUCUGAAGUUGUAUGUGCCAGGCUCGCAGCAAUACAAGGAUGUCAGCAUCGCUUAUGGGGAACACCUGCUUCAGGAACACCACCGUGAGCCCGCCGGGCUUGUGUUUGCUCGCUGUGGUGCCCAUGAGAAAGCCCUCGACGCCUUUCUGGCAUGUGGCAGCUGGCAGCAAGCUCUGUGUGUGGCUUCCCGACUUAAUUUAAACCAAGACCAGCUGGCUGGCCUCAGCAGAACUCUUGCAGGGAAGCUAGUUGAACAGAGGAAGUACCAGGAUGCAGCCACGGUUCUGGAACAGUAUGCCCAGGAUUAUGAAGAAGCUGUGCUCUUGCUGUUAGAAGGAGCUGCUUGGGAAGAAGCUCUGAGACUGGUACACAAAUACAAUAGACUGGACAUUAUAGAGACCAAUAUAAAGCCUUCCGUUUUAGAAGCCCAGAAGAAUUAUAUGACAUUUUUGGAUUCUCAGACAGCCAUAUUCAGUCGUCAUAAAAACCGUUUAUUAGUGGUUAGAGAGCUCAAGGAGCAAGCACAGCAGAAUCCAGAUGAUGAGGUUCUCCAUUGUCAGGAAUCCGACCUCUUCUCUGAGACAAGCAGUGUCGUGAGUGGCUGUGAUACGAGUAGCAAAUAUUCCCAUAGUAACUCCAGGAUAUCAGCGCGAUCAUCCAAGAAUCGUCGCAAAGCAGAGCGCAAGAAGCACAGCCUCAAAGAAGGGAGUCCGCUGGAGGACCUGGCCCUUUUGGAGGCACUGAAUGAAGUGGUCCAAGGCACUGAGAAGCUGAAAGAUGAAGUAUGCCAAAUUUUAAAGGUGCUCUUUCUCUUUGAGUUUGAUGAACAAGGAAGGGAAUUGCAGAAGGCCUUUGAAGACGCUUUACAGCUGAUAGAAAGCUCACUUCCAGAAAUUUGGACUCCAUACCACCUGCAGAGUUCGGCUACACCUGUUCUAGGCCCCACUUCUACUGCAAAUAGUAUCACGGCCUCAUAUCAACACCAGAAGACUUUGGUUCCUGUUCUUGAUACUGAGUUCUUUCUACCGCCAAAGAUCAACAAAAGAACCCAGUGGAAACUGAGCCUUCUAGAGUGAUUGUGACUGACGUUCAGAGGCUCCAUCGGGGAAGACUGGCUUCCUUCCACUUGGCAGUCCUCGAGGCUUGGCUGUUGAGAACUGGGAGGUUUAAGCUAAUGAACUACUUUAGCAUUUUGGAGAGCUGCUCUCUGCACCAGACUUUAGCAGACAUUGAAUAGUUCUGUUUUAUUUUGCAUAAAAUCUGUCAUCAGCAAACACGUUUUAACCAGUACAGCAUCAUGUUGUAUGACUAACUGUUCAUUUAGUAAGGGCCGUUUGAGAGUAUUUAUGGUCACUAGGAGGUUGGUUUCAUUCCCUGCUAUAGGUCUGAUUCAUAUUUGGACCUGGGUAAGUCACAUUGAUUUGUGUGUUAGUUAAUUGAGAAUAAUGUUUCCGAAUUUCUACCUCAGAAGUGUGAAACAGUAAGAUAAUGUUUCCAAAUUGUGUUAAGUUCCUGAAGGAGAGCAUAUAUAUAAACAAUAUGGUUAUCAAUGCUACCAGUAUUUGGUCACAUUUACUCACUUACAUGACUUCUUCACCUUGAAGUAAAGCUGAGUAAAAAGCUAAAAAAAAAAAUCUUUUGACUCUCUAUGCUUUCCUAUGCUGAUAGCUGAUAUUUUAUAAUUGCUUCCAGUUGUAACUGGAUUGAGUCCCCCAUUGCUCCAGUGUUUUACUACCUAUAAAUUUUCUGCUAGAGAGUUAGCAGUGUUGGAUCUGGAAGAGAUUACAGUUACUGGAUCAGUAUCAUACCCAUUUGGCGUGGUGAGCUUUGUGCAUCAUACAGAAUGCAGUUAUUUUUUUCCCUUCAAAUAUGGCUUUUUUAAACUAAAAUGUUUCUGUCCGAGUCUAGACCAUUU